AUGGCCGCCGACGAUCGGCACACCGCCGAUCAGCCCUCAAUCGAGCUGAAGAAGACGCGUACUGUGCCGCGCUAUGCUCUGCCCAAUGCCGCAUGGCUGCUGCCCGAGUACGUGAACGAGGGCGCAGACUACAUCCACAAAACGUUCCACUCUGGAAACUACAACUACCUGCGCAGGCUGCCGGAGAAGAUCGACGACCACUCGGUCACCGCCGCACGCAGGGACCUCCAGGAGCAGCCCUUCACUUCCACGGGUCGCAGCAAAUCGCCCGCCAAGGGGUACACCGCCAAGGGGCGCCUUUUCCAGGACUUUGAGUACAUCCCGACUCCGUUCCUUGACAGCCCACCUCGGUCGGACAGAACGUCGGCGCUCGAGGGGCGCACCCCGUUCAUUGUUCCCAAGGAAGCAUCGCUUAAGCCCAAGUACGCAGACUACCAUUUUGUGGAAGGGGAGCCGGAGGCGCAGGCAUAUGUGGACCAGUAUGACGUCAGCAAGCUGGAAGAGCGAUCAAAGCGCUCGUUGGAGCUGUUUGGGCCUUUUGUGCCCUCCUCGAAAACGGUGACCAUCAGCGUCCCUUCGAGGAACGAAGCAUCAACGAUCCUCGAAGAAGUGAAGAACAUCGUCUCCAAUGAGUGGCCGGAAUGCUCGGUGGAGUGCUUCUUCAACCCAGAGGAUUUGCUCCUAGUCCAGUUCGGAGAAGAGAGUGCGGACAUUCGAGAUGGUAUAGCAGCGUACAUGAAUGUCCUAGUCACUUGCAACAGGGAAAUAGAUCGCCUACAUCUGGUAAAGGCAGCCGAGCAUUGGAACAGUGCCCCGGGGGAUGGCAAGCUGUAUUUUAGUUUGCGGCCGCCCUGGGUCAAGCAAGUAAUCGAUGAACCGUUCCGAAUAGUCCAUGCUAAAGAUAGGCGCCUACCCGGAUCAAUUAGAAGACCAGUUUAA